AUGAAGCUCCUGGUACUCCUUGUGUUGCUUGGUGUCUCCACUAUCCUGGUCUCUUGCCAGGACGCAGACACAAGCAGCACUGACGUUUCUGAUACUGCUGCUUCUGCAGAUAAUACAGCUGAUGAAUCUGAAGACACUAAAUCUGAGACAGAAGCUGAACCUGAGAGUAAUGCCGGGGAAAAUAAUGAGUCUGAUGACUUAACAAAGGAAGGUGAUGAGGCUGAUGCUAAAACUGAGGAAGAGAGUCAGGAUGCUGAUAAGGAGUCCGAAGAAAUCCAGGAAGAUGAUGAUAAGGAAGAUAGUGAGGCAGACAAAGAUAAAGAGGAUGAAAAACAGCCCAAAAAAGUUGACAAAGUAAAAGCCA